ACCAGCUAGUCCCUCCGGUGAGCUCUGCCCCUCACGUUAUGGGAUUUCUCUGCAUGUGCAGGGGCUACCGUACUGUGUGCGCCCUGAACAAGUCGUUGCUACGCAACAGGGCCGCACCGUCUCCCUCUGUGUGACAACAAUGGCUGAAAGAAGUUCAGAUAAAAAGCUCCGUCCGUCCCAGCCCGUCGUCCCGCAGGUGAAGAAACGUCCGUCCUCUAGCAGUAAGGCUGAGAAGUCCAAGAGGGCUGAACUACGACCACAAGUAAAACCUGCUUCUGCUCCAACAAAGAGGCACACAGAUGACCUUCUGGCUAAAGAAGAACAAUACAAACUCUUAAAUGCAGAGCUGGAAGCCAAAACAGCCGAUCUAGUAAGACAGGCUGAACAGCUUAUGAGAGAACAGAGUGAAGUCCUGUCAAAACCAUUAUCCGCCCUCCUGCUCACAGACAUUGAAAAUGAAGAUGAUUCAAGGAUAAUAAAGCUUCAUCAUCAGAGCUCUGUGCAGGAGCCCGGUGCGAAGGUGGUGUCCAAAAAAAGGGUCACAUCAACAUCACAAAACAUGGGCACUGGAAAACAAGGAAAAGAGCCUUGCUGUACUUCACAAACCCCAAAGGCGUCUCACAUGGAUGAUUUAGCAGCUGUAGACGACUCGGCUGACUUUUUCCUGGCAAAGACGAUACGCAGCAUGGAGGAGAAGAUGGACGACACCGUCGCUCAUGAAAAUGUUGGGGAGGAUUUGUGUGACGCUGGAGACAAUGUAGGAUCAGGCGUUUCAGAUGCUCAGAUCCGAGUUCUGAAGGCAAAACUACGGAUUAUGCAAGAGGAAUUGGAUCAACUCUCAUGCGAAUAUUAUAAGAAGGACGAUGAAAAUGCUAAGCUUUGUGCAAAAAUUAAGGAGCUCGAAGAAGAUCGAGCCAGACUGCAGAAAACAACAAACAUCCAGCAAACACAGAUUGAGAAGCACAGAGGUUUAGCAGACGAGUCUAGCAAAAAAUGUGAAGGUCUUCAACUUCAAGUGUCUGCUUUACACAAGGAGAUAGAAAAUCUGAAUAGAUCCCACAAACAAGGAUCAGCCAUCCAUGGCACUGUGGAGAUUCGUCUGAACAGAGCUUUGGAGGAGGUGGAGAAGUUAAAGACUCAACUGAACAAGAUGAAACAAAUGAACAAGGACAAGAUAAGUGAGGAACAUCAGAGUAAAGAAAAUCUGCUCGCUGAGAACAAAAUGUUAAAAAAACAGAAGGCGGAGCUCAUCGUGGGUUUCAAGAAACAGCUCAAGCUGAUCGACCUUCUCAAAAGACAAAAGAUGCAUUUUGAAGCUGCCAAGCUGCUGUCGUUCACAGAAGACGAGUUCAUGAAAGCUCUAGACUGGGGGAAGUCAUAAAGUCAUAAACCGCUGAAAAGAAAUGUUGGAUAAAGGUGCAUUGAUACACGUGGAGACAUUCAGGGUGAAUUUAGGUUUUGUCUCCCAAUUAUUGAUCACAUUUAGCCACCAGACAACCUCAUAUCUUGUCUGGAAUGAUUUUAAUUAAGAUCCUGUCAGCACAGUCCAAUAAAAACAUGACUCUAAAUCAA